AUGAUCCUCAAGAUUGAUGCGUUGGUUAAGACCCCAAAGCAUCUUCCCGAGGACAUAAUGGCGACCAAGAUUAUUCUUGUUACCGGAGCCAACACAGGCCUUGGGCUCGAGAUUGUCAAAGCCCUGUGUGGUUCCAUCGCACAAUACGAGAUACUGCUUGGUGGAAGAUCUCUCGACAAGGCAAAGGCAGCGGUGUCCGAGAUUGUGACCAGCUUUCCAAGCGCCUCGGGCCGUGUCACUGCAAUCCAAGUGGAUGUGGAAGAUGAUGACUCGAUAGCUGCCGCCUUCGACACGGUCAAGAACAAGUACGGGCGCCUCGAUGUCCUCGUCAACAAUGCAGGUGCCCUGUUUGACAUAGAAUUUCUGAUGGGCAGCAUGACGAUGCGUCAAGUUUGGAACCAGUCCUGGAAUGUCAACAUAACGGGGUCCCAAAUCAUGACGUCUGUUUUUAUACCUCUACUUCUUGAAUCUGACGAUCCUCGACUUCUUUUUAUCACGAGCGGUACAUCCACUCUAGCGGGAUCAGAAAACCUCGAUCUGCCCAUCAAUCGUGUUCCGCCAAAAGGCUGGCCAAAGGGUGGCCCGCCACCGAUCAGCAUACCGGCCUAUCGCAGUUCUAAAGCAGGAAUGAAUAUGAUGAUGAGAGAGUGGCAUCGCACCCUCAAGGAGGACGGGGUCAAAAUAUGGGCCAUCUCGCCAGGCUAUCUGGCCACUGGUCUGGGGGGGAGCGUCGAGGUGAACAAGAAGCAAGGCGCUGCCGAUCCUGCCAUAGGUGGACAGUUUGCCAAAGACGUCAUUGAAGGGCACAGGGAUGACGACGUGGGUAAGGUCAUUCUACGAGACCGGGUGCAGCCUUGGUGA